CAUUCCCACCAGCAUUGCCUGCGUCUGUACACGGGCCAGCAGUGACACCGUCUCUGACGCAUGCCAUGAUGCCGACAUUUGUCAACGACACCAAUCAUCACAAGCACAUUGCCACCGCUGCAGCGGGAUUGCAGAGCAGCCACCAAAAUGUCAGGGUUGCCUGCAGCAACGAUACAGCAACAGCAACAGCAACGACAGCAACGACGACAACAGCUGCGAUGGCAGCAGAAGCAGCGGCAGCACGACAGCGCCACGGCCGUUCAGGGGCACCCUUUCUGUCGCCUACUCGCUUGACGGCAUCACCAUCGUCCUCAUCGUCGUCUUCUUCACCACCGUCAUCAACAACAACGACUGAAGCAGCAGCGGCGUCACCAGCGACAAACACUGUUGCACCACCAGUAUCGCUCUCGGCAUAUGCAGCGCUUGCAGACAGAGAGUCCGGGGCGGAGAAGAUUCACAUGCUCGGCUGUCGGAUUGGGCGGGCUUUUGAAUCCAAGCGCGCUUCGGGGGCAGCAACGACGAUGCUCGCAACCACUGACGCUACAGCGCAUUCCAUCCUGCGCCAUACGACGGCACGGUGUACGUGGCAGACUCAUCAACGCAGUCUUCCACCGGGGAACAGACAGAGGUAUCUGGGGCACCAGCUGUGCAAGCUGUACAACGUCGAGGCAGAGCACGCCGUGCACCUCAGGGAUGUGCCACAGCGACAAGACAGCGUGUCGUGUGGCCUGUUUGCGCUGGCUUACGCCACACUGCUGGCUGCUGGCCUGCAUCCACUCGACUUGAACAGCGUCAGCAUGACGGCACACCAGCUGCGCACGUGGUACUUGCAGUGCGUGGCUGAUCGGGAGGCCGAUGUUGCGGAGCUGCUGCUCAUGAAGUUGUUACAAGAGGCACAACAACAACAACAACAACAACAACAACAACAACAACAACAACAACAACAACAACAACAACAACAACAACAACAACAACAACAACAACAAUGA